UUCAAGAACCCUCACUUUGAUGAUGGGACAUAUAUAAGAAGCAAGAGAGCAUAACACAGGGCAAACAUAUUAAAUCAAACUAGUUGCAGCAAUAAUUCAGAGAAAAAUAUGAGCAACCCACGUAGAGUUGGUGUUGGCUUAGACUACUCUCCGACCAGCAAACAAGCCCUCCGAUGGUCGGCGGAUAAUCUGAUCCACGGCGGCGAUCAAUUGAUCCUAAUCCAAGUCCAGCCAGCCAAAGCUGAUCACACCAGGAAGCAGCUUUUCGAGGACACUGGAUCACCUUUGGUGCCUCUGGAGGAGUUUAGAGAGAUCAAUUACUCAAAGCAGUAUGGUCUAACUCAUGAUCCUGAAGUUCUUGAUAUUUUAGAUACCGUGUCAAGGACAAAAGGGGCUAAAGUGGUUGCCAAGGUGUACUGGGGUGAUCCAAGAGAGAAGCUGUGUGAUGCUGUGGAGGAUCUCAAGCUUGAUUCUCUUGUUCUUGGAAGCAGAGGUGUUGGUACUAUUAAAAGGGUACUGCUUGGGAGUGUUAGCAAGUAUGUGAUGACAAAUGCUUCAUGUCCAGUCACUGUUGUCAAGGGGAAACCACCUUUAAAACCAUGAAACUCACUCACAUACAAGGGGCGGCCGGUGGAGAUUAUGCGUGAUCAUGUCUUCUUAUCUUCUUAAUGCAUUGUUUCUCUUUUAUCUAAAAAUCAUGAUUAGAUUGGUAGGGUGUGGUACUACCGUGGCAUGAUUGUUAUUGAUGUUACUAUCUUUUACGUAUUUUGGCUCGAGUCUUCAAUUAAAUUAUUAAAAAUCUAAGCUCCAACAU